UUAGCCAAGACAAGACAAGACGAGCUGAGCAGAGCUGAACUGAGCCUCUGCCGCCGCCCCACACUCGGGGCGCCUCCUCCCGCGCCCCGCCCGCUAGUCCCCUGACCAUGCGCCUGGCCUGGCGCCCCCCGCAGCCCCCUAACCCCGCACAGCCUCUAGCCCCCCUAGCCAUCCCGCAACAUCAGCCACGGAGCAGGGAAGACUGAGAAUCAAGAUCAUAGCUGAGGAAGACCUCAGAUAUGGAGUCCAGGAUGUGGUCUACAUUGUUGAUGUCCCACCUCCUCCCACUCUGGUCACUGCUCCUGCUGCCCUUUCCACCUCCAGCCCAGGGCUCCUCUACCUCUUCACCUCGUACCCCUUCAGCUCCUGCCCGUCCCCCAUGUGCCCGGGGGGGUCCCUCAGCUCCUCGACAUGUGUGUGUGUGGGAACGAGCACCUCCCCCAAGCCGGUCCCCCCGUGUCUCACGUUCAAGGCGUCAAGUACCACCAGAUACUGCACCUCCUGCCACUCCAUCUGGCUUUGAGGAAGGGCCACCUUCAUCCCAGUACCCCUGGGCCAUUGUAUGGGGCCCCACAGUAUCCCGAGAGGAUGGGGGGGAUCCUAAUUCUGCUAAUCCCGGUUUCCUGCCACUGGACUAUGGCUUUGCAGUUCCUCAUGGGCUAGCUACCCCGCAUCCCAACUCGGACUCCUUGAGACGUGGCGAUGGGGAUGGGAUCAUUCUUGGGGGAGCUCCUGCCACCCUUCGUCCAUUUCUAUUUGGUGGCCGUGGGGAAGGUGUGGACCCCCAGCUCUAUGUGACCAUCACUAUUUCUAUCAUCAUUGUCCUAGUAGCCACUGGCAUAAUCUUCAAAUUUUGCUGGGACCGUAGCCAGAAGCGACGAAGGCCUUCAGGGCAACAGGGGGCCCUACGACAAGAAGAGAGUCAGCAGCCCCUCACUGACCUGUCUCCUGCAGGAGUCACUGUGCUGGGGUCCUUCGGGGACUCACUCACACCUACCCCUGAUCGGGAGGAGCCCCACGGGGGACUCCGGCCUGUGCCCCCCCAGCCCAAGGGGGCCCCUGCUUUCCAGUUGAACCGGAUUCCCCUGGUGAAUCUGUGAUGCCCCUCAGUGGUGGGGUCCAGCCAAGCAGAAGCCCAUGGGGCCUACACAGCCACCAUUCCGCUGGGGGUGGGGCAGCUGUGGUGAGCUGGGGCCCCAGAUGCUGCUGGCAGAGGACCCCUGCUCCUGCUCUUGCACACCCAUUUCCUUGCACACUCACCUGGCCCCAAAGGCAGUCACCCUGUUCACAUCCCAUAGAUAGGGCUUCUCUCCCUCAAAGCCCUUGCGCGCUCAAACAAAAGCCUCACUGCACACUCACCUCCACACUGGAACAGUAUUGCACACUCUUGUACAGAUAGUUUUUUGCACUCACCCUCUUCCACAUCUGUUACUAAACUAAACUCUUACAUUCUAUUUCCCUCUUGUACCACCCAUUCUUCAUCACUUUUUUUAAACAUUUUCAUCUCUACCUCUCCACCUAAUUGUCCAUGCUCUCAUGCACAUUUAACUUUUCACAUAUAUUAACUCUCUUACAUAUCCACUCUGUUGUCACAUUGAGUGGCUUGCACAUGCUCUCUUGCACACUCACUUAGGUUUUGUGGCCCCUGCAUGCUGCCCUACAGGUGGGGAGGGGGUGAGCUUUGGGGGCCUCCAGUGCCCUUAGUUUUCACUGCCCCAGUCCACCCAAUGUCUUGUGCUUCCUGUCUCUCCUUCCCUAGUUGUCCUAGCCAAUCCCCACCCAGGCGCUCUUACCACUCUGUGGACUUCUUGAUGGGAAUGGGGGAGGGUGCUGAAGCCCCAAGCCUUGCCCUUUACAAUACUGCUAAAUUCUGGUAUCUAAAAGGGUUAUGGGGUAGUCACCUCCUGAGCCCCUGGAGAAAGCUCCCCAAGUCACCUCCGUCAUGCUAAUGCCAGCUGUCUCUGUCUAUGUGUCAAUCCCUAUGGAUUUCAGAGUCCCCCUAAGCCAGCUCUUUAUUAAGGGAGUGGCCUCACUAACUCAGCCCAGGCUUUGUAGGAAGCAAAGCCAAUAGGCUCAAGGCCAUUGGGCACUCUGCCCCCCAACACCCAUGACUAUGCCCUUCUUACCCAGUCCCAUCCUUGUCUCUCUCUGCCUCUUUUUUCCUUUUUUUUCUACUUCUGUCAUUUGCCCUUCCUCCCCCUUUCCUUUGCUUCCUCUCUGAGCCCAUUCUUUUCUCUUUCCAUUUUUCUCUCUUCUCUUCCUUCUCCUAAUUCUUUCCUUGCCCCUCUUGGUCCCCUAUGCUGUGAUAUAUAUUUUUGUAUUAUCUCUCUUUCUUCUUGUGGUGAUAAUCUUUGAUUCUUGUGGGAUGUAAGUUUCAGAAUUUUCAAAUAAAACCUUUGCAAAAUACUCAAGCCCCCUA